CCCGCCCCUGCCCACCCCGCAUGCUCCCCGCCUCGGUCCCGGAGCUGAUUGGCAGGAAGCGCGACCCAACCGUGGACUCGGGGCCUCCUCCUGGGACCAACGAUUGGCCUCCGGGGAGGCUGGAGUCGGGGGGCGCGAGGGAGCCUCGGCCGCAGAGCGCAGGGUCCGCGACCUGGGAAGGCUAGUGGGCGGCUCGACUCGCAGCCACCGGCACGAGCGGCGGAGCCCACGGGCCGGGAGGGCUGCACCUGCUCGGCCGCAGCUCCAGGCCGGCCCGCGCCGCUGCCCAUCCUUCUGGCCAGUCCCAGCUCCCGGGGGAACCGCGGGCUCCCGGCGGAGUCGCUGGCCCUUCCCGGGGCUGUCUUCGGCUCCUGGCGCGCGGACCGGCCGUGCACGCGCCCGGUUGACGGGUCUCAGUCCUCCCACCUGACCCAUGUCCGCAGCCGGGACCUCCGGAAACGCCGCCCGCGCUCGCCGGGCCGCCAACCCCGCCAACCCGCAGCCAAUGCCUUUGUCGCCGCCCCGGUGGCUGCUGCUGCUGCUGCUUCUGUCACCGGUAAGCCGCGUCCCAGCACAGCCUGCUGUCCCCGGCCUGCCCUUGCUGUCCCCCGGGCUUGCGGGGACUGCAGGGGGCCCCUCCGAGGACGCCGUGGUGCUGGCGAACCGCGGGCUCCGGGUGCCCUUCGGCCGUGAGGUCUGGCUGGAUCCGCUGCGCGACCUGGUGCUGCAGGUGCAGCCGGGGGACCGCUGCACGGUCACUGUGCUGGACAACGACGCGCUGGCCCAGCGGCCCGGCCGCCUGCGUCCCCAGCGCUUCCCCUGCGACUUCGGCCCUGGCGAGGUGCGCUACUCGCACCUGGGCGCGCGCAGCCCCUCGCGGGACCGCGUCCGGCUGCAGCUGCGCUACGACGCGCCCGCGGGGACCGUGGUGCUGCCCCUGGUGCUGGAGGUGGAGGUGGCCUUCACCCAGCUGGAGGUCGUGAUUCGCAACUUGCCCCUUGUCGUGGAGGAGUUGCUGGGAACCAGCAGCGCCCUGGACGGGCGGAGCCUGGAGUUCGCCUACCAGCCCGAGGCCGAGGAGUGCCGCGUGGGCAUACUGUCCAGCGUGCGCGCACUGCCGCGCUACGGGGAACUCCUGCACUACCCGCAGGUUCCCGGGCCAGCCGGCGAGGGUCCCGCCCCGGAGCCGCUCCUGAUGGACUGCAAAGCUUUCCUGGAGCUGGGCGUGCGCUACCGCCACACAGCCCGCAGCCGCUCCCCAAACCGGGAUUGGGUGCCCAUGGUGGUGGAGGUGCACCCCCGAGGGGCUCCUGUGGGCAGCCCUGCCUUGAAGCGCGAGCACUUCCAGGUGCUGGUGAGGAUCCGGGGAGGGACGGAGAACACGGCCCCCAAGCCCAGUUUCGUGGCCAUGAUGAUGAUGGAGGUGGCCCAGUUUGUGCUGACGGCCCUGACCCCGGACAUGCUGGCGGCUGAGGAUGCUGAGUCCGCCCCCGACCUGCUGGUCUUCAACCUCACCUCCCCGUUCCAGCCCGGCCAGGGCUGCCUGGUGAGCACCGACGACCGCAGCCUGCCCCUGUCCUCCUUCACGCAGAAGGACCUGCGCCUGCUGAAGAUCGCCUACCAGCCGCCCGCCGAGGACUCUGACCAGGAGCGCCUCUUUGAACUGGAGCUGGAGGUCGUGGACCCCGAAGGGGCAGCCUCAGACCCUUUUGCUUUCAUGGUGGUGGUGAAGCCCAUGAACACGCUGGCCCCAGUGGUCACCCGGAACACUGGCCUCGUUCUCUACGAGGGCCAGUCGCGGCCCCUCUCGGGCCCUGCGGGCAGCACCUCUCAGAGCCUGGUGAUCAGUGACGAGGACGAUCUGGAGGCCGUGAGGCUGGAGGUGGUGGCUGGGCUCCGGCAUGGCCACCUGCUCCUUCUGGGCACCCCCGAUGGCCCCUCGGCCCCCAAGACCUUCACGGCGGCCCAGCUGGCGGCCGGCCAGGUUGUGUACCAGCACGACGCCCGAGACGGCUCGCUGAGUGACAACCUGGUGCUGCGCAUGGUGGACGGAGGGGGCAGGCACCAGGUGCAGUUCCUGCUUCCCAUCACCCUGGUGCCCGUGGAUGACCAGCCGCCCGUGCUCAAUGCCAACACGGGGCUGGCCAUGGCGGAGGGCGAGACGGCACCCAUCCUGCCCCCGGCUCUGAGUGCAGCUGACGUGGACUCGGACGACGCCCUGCUCCUCUUUGUGCUGGAGCCACCCUACUCGGCUGCGGGGCACCUGCUUCUCCGCCAGACGCAGCCUCCCCGCGAGGAGGAGGAGCUUGGGAGCACCCCUUGGAGGAAGCAGGGGGCCUUCUACGAGCGCACGGUGACAGAGUGGCAGCAGCGAGACAUAGCCGAGGGGAGGCUGUUCUACAGGCACUUGGGGUCCCACAGCCCCGGGCCUGUCACAGACCAGUUCACGUUCCGCGUCCAGGACGACCAUGACCCCCCCAAUCGGUCUGGACCACAGAGGUUUGUGAUCCGCGUUCACCCGGUGGACCGCCUCCCUCCCGAGCCGGGCAGCGGCUGCCCCCUCCGGAUGGUGGUGCGGGAAUCCCAGCUCACCCCGCUGAGGAGGAAGUGGCUGCGCUACACCGACCUGGACACAGAGGACCGGGAGCUGCGCUACACGGUGACCCAGCCCCCCGUGGACACCGACGAGAACCACCCGCCCGCCCCCCUGGGUGCCUUGGUCCUGGCCGACAACCCUUCCGUCGUGGUUACCCACUUCACCCAAGCCCAGGUCAACCACCAUAAAAUCGCGUACCAGCCUCCGGAUGAAGAGCUGGGCGUGGCUUCCCGCGUGGCCCAGUUCCGGUUCCGGGUGGAGGACCGUGCGGGGAACACGGCUCCGGGCACCUUCACUCUUUACCUGCAGCCAGUGGACAACCAGCCCCCCGAGAUCCUCAACACGGGCUUCACCGUUGGGGAGAAGGGCCAGCACACCCUGAGCGAGACAGAGCUGCACGCCACAGAUGUGGACACCGACGCGGGCCACAUCUCCUUCACGCUCAUCCAGGCCCCGCAGCAUGGCCACUUGCGCGUGUCCGGACAGAGGCUGCAUGUCGGGGGCCUCUUCCGCCUGGAGGACAUUCGGCAGGGCCGGGUUUCCUAUGCCCACAGUGGGGGCAUGUCCCGGACGGACAGCUGCUCUCUGGAGGUCAGCGACACCCACCACGUGGUGCCCAUCACGCUCAGGGUGAGUGUCCGGCCGGCGGACGACGAGGGCCCCAGGCUGCAGCUUCCUGCCGGCACACUGGGGUCCUAUCUCGAUGUCUUGGAAAACGGAGCUACCGAAAUCACAGCCGGUGUCCUCAGGGGGCCUGAUGAGGGCUCUGAUGAUUUGAUGCUGACUUUCGUCCUGGAAGAUGCCCCCUCGCACGGGGAAAUCCUGGUCAGCGGAGUCCCCGCGGUGCAGUUUACCCAGAAGGACGUCCUGCAGGGCUCCGUCGUCUACGCCCACACGAGCGGCGAGAUCGGCCUGCUGCCCGUGAGGGACGCCUUCAACCUGAGUCUCUCGGAGAUGUCUCAGGAGUGGAGACUGGGUGGCAGGGCUGUCCAGAGUGUUACCGUGUGGGUGACCAUCCUUCCUGUCAACAGCCAGGCUCCGGAAGUUUCUGUGGGUGAGCCGUUCACGGUCCUGGAAGGUGAAAAGGGUGUUAUAACCUCAGCACAUCUAAGUGCUGAAGACGUGGACUCCCCGACCGGCGACAUCCUGUGCAUCAUCGUCACUCAGCCGGCCUCGGGCUACGUGGAGAACGUUUCCCCAGCCCCCGGCUCUGAGAAAUCGAGGGCGGGGAUUGCGGUCAGUGCCCUCAGCCUCAAGGACCUCAGGCAGGGCCACGUCCACUACGUGCAGAGUGUCCACAGGGGGGUAGAGCCCGUGGAAGACCGCUUCGUGUUCCGCUGCUCCGACGGUGUCCACUUCUCCGAAAGGCAUUUCUUCCCCAUUGUCAUCGUUCCCACCAACGACGAGCAGCCGGCGAUGUUCCUGAGGGAGUUUGUGGUGAUGGAGGGCAGGAGCCUGGUGAUCGACACCCCCAUCCUCAACGCCGCCGAUGCCGACGUCCCCCCGGACGACCUGACCUUCACCAUCACCCGGUUCCCCAGCCACGGCCACGUCCUGCAGCAGCUGAUCAACGGCACGGCGCUGGUGGGGAGCUUCACCUGGGACCAGAUCGUGGAGAGCUCCAGCAUCAUCUACGAGCACGACGACUCGGAGAUGCGGGAAGACAGCUUUGCGAUCAGGCUGACGGAUGGCAAGCACUCCGUGGAGAAGGUGGUGCCCAUUGUGGUCAUCCCCGUGGACGACGAGACCCCCCGAAUGACCAUCAAUAACGGACUAGAAAUAGAAAUUGGGGAAACCAAAACUGUCAACAGCAGAGUGUUAAUGGCAACCGACUUGGAUUCUGAAGACAAAUCGUUGGUCUACAUUGUCCGUUAUGGGCCGAGCCAUGGCUUAUUGCAGAGACAAACGCCCACAGGUGCCAUGGAAAAUAUCACACUGGGCAGGAAUUUUACCCAGGAUGAAGUGGACAGAAACCUGAUUCAGUACGUCCAUCUGGGGAGAGAGGGCGCCCGGGACCUAAUCAAAUUUGACGUGACCGAUGGGAUCAAUGCCCUCAUUGAUCGCUACUUUUAUGUGUCCAUUGAUGGUGUAGACACAGUCUUCCCGGAUGUGGUGAGUAAGGGGGUGUCCUUGAAGGAAGGUGGCAAAGCUACCCUCACGACAGACCUCCUAAGCACGAGCGACUUGAACAGUCCUGAUGAAAACCUGGUCUUCACCAUCACCAGGAAUCCCGCGAGGGGUCACCUUGAGUGCACCGACAGAGCUGGGGUGGCCAUCACAUCCUUCACGCAGCUCCAACUCGCAGGCAGCAAGAUCUACUACAUCCACACAGCGGACGACGAGGUGAAGAUGGACAGUUUCGAGUUUCAAGUCACCGACGGGCGGAAUCCUGUCUUCCGGACGUUCCGUAUCUCCAUCAGCGACGUGGACAACAAAAAGCCAGUGGUCACCAUCCACAGCCUGGUGGUCAGCGAGAGUGAAAACAAGCUGAUCACACCCUUCGAGCUCUCUGUGGAAGACAGGGACACCCCCGAUGAGCUCCUGACGUUCACUGUCACCCGGGCGCCUGUCCGUGGCCACCUCCUGUUCAACAAUUCCAGACCCGUCACGGCCUUCACCAAGCAGGACUUGAACAACAACCUGAUCAGCUACAGGCACGACGGCAGCGUGUCGAGUGAGGACAGCUUCUCCUUCACAGUGACCGAUGGCACCCACGCGGACUUCUACGUCUUCCCCGACACGGUGUUGGAAACGAGGCGCCCGCAGGUGAUGAAGAUCCGGGUCCUGGCCGUGGACAGCAGGGCCCCCCAAGUCGCGGUGAACAGAGGAGCCUCCUGGCUCCGCACGCUACCCACCGGCCACUUGGGGUUCGUGAUCACCAGCAAAGCCUUGAGGGUGGAGGACGGGGACAGCCUCUCCUCCCCCAGGUUCACCGUGACAGCGCCGCCUCGCCACGGACACCUCCUCAACCUGGGCGAAGGCAACCACAGCGUCACGCAGUUCACCCAGGCUGACAUUGAUGACAUGAAAAUAUGCUAUGUCUUAAGAGAAGGGGCGAAUGCUACGAGUGAUGGGUUCCACUUCACAGUAGAAGACAGUGGUGGAAACAAGUUAACCAACCAGCAAUUUCAUCUGAAUUGGGCCUGGAUCUCCUUUGAAAAGGAAUAUUACCUGGUCAACGAGGACUCCAAAUUUCUAGACAUUGUCCUUAAACGGCGAGGAUACUUGGGAGAAACUUCAUUUAUAAGCAUCGGCACGAGAGACGGGACUGCGGAGAGGGACAAGGACUUCCGGGGGAAGGCCCAGAGGCAGGUGCAGUUCAACCCGGGCCAGAGCAGGGCCACGUGGCGGGUGCGCAUCGUGGACGACGGCGCCUUCGAGCGCUCCGAGAGCUUCCAGGUGCUGCUGUGGGAGCCCGUGCUGGCCGCCCUGGAGGCCCCCGCCGCGGCCACGGUGGAGAUCGUGGACCCCGGAGACGAAUCAACCGUGUUCAUCCCGCAGUCCGUGUUCUCCGUUGAAGAAGAUGUUGGCGAGCUGCUCGUGCCCGUCAGGAGGAGCGGAGACGCGAGCCAGGAGCUGAUGGUGAUCUGCCACACGCAGCCAGGAACGGCAGCCGGCACCGUGCCCACAUCCGUGCUGUCCUUCUCCGACUACAUCUCCCGGCCCGAGGACCACACCAGCGUCGUGCGCUUCGACCGGGGCCAGCGGGAGAGCACGUGCCGGGUGGUCAUCAUCGACGACUCCCUGCACGAGGAGGCCGAGACGUUCUGCGUCCUGCUGAGCGCGCCGAUGGGCGGGAGGCUCGGCCCCGAGUUCCCCGCGGCCCAGGUCACCAUCGUUCCGGACAGAGACGACGAGCCCACCUUCUUCUUCGGCGGAGCGGAGUUCUCUGUGGACGAGAGUGCGGGCAGCGUGGAGGUGCAUGUGUGGAGAUCAGGCACGGACCUCUCCAGGCGCUCCAGCGUCACCGUCAGGUCGCGGAAGGCAGAGCCUCCCUCUGCGGACGCUGGAACAGACUAUGUGGGCAUCAGUCAGAACUUGGAUUUUGCACCCGGGGUCAACGUGCAGACGGUUCGCGUUUCCAUUCUGGAUGAUCUGGGACAGCCGGUGCUGGAGGGAGUGGAGAAAUUUGAGCUGGUGCUUCGUAUGCCAGUGAACGCUGCCCUCCGAGAGCCCAGCAAGGCCACGGUGUCCAUAAAUGACUCGGCUUCGGACUUGCCUAAGAUGCAGUUUAAAGAGCGCGAGUAUACUGGCAACGAAGACGACGGGCAGGUGACCGCGACAAUCCGCAGGACCGGAGACACCCAGUACGGCUCGUCCGUGAGGUGCUACACGCGCCAGGCCUCCGCGCAGGUGAUGGCCGACUUCAGGGAGCGCUCCAACACCGACCUGUCCGUCGUCACCUUCCUCCCUGGUGAGACGGAGAAGCCAUGUGUCCUUGAGCUGGUGGACGACGAGCUGUAUGAGGAGGGCGAGGAGCUGCGCCUGGUGCUGGGCUCCCCGCAGGGCAGCUCUCCCUUCGGGGCGGCCGUCGGCGAGCAGAACGAAACUCUGAUAAGGAUCCGGGAUGACGCUGACAGGCCUGUUAUUAAAUUCGGAGAAACCAAAUUUAGUGUCCGCGAACCCAAAGAACCAGGCCAGUCGGUGGUUAUCAGAAUCCCGGUGAUCCGCCAGGGAGACACUUCGAAGGCGUCCGUCGUGCGAGUUCACACCAAGGACGGCUCGGCCACCUCUGGGGAAGACUAUCUCCCCGUGUCGGAAGAAAUUGAGUUUAAGGAAGGAGAGAGGCAGCACGUGGUCGAGAUCGACGUGGUCUUCGAUGGCCUGGGGGAGAUGAGGGAGGUCUUCUCCGUCCACCUCGCUCCUGACGACAGCACGGUGGCGGACACGCAGGUGACAAAAGCCGUGGUGUACAUAGAGGAAGCGGACAGCAUGGCAGACGUCACCUUUCCUUCCGUCCCUGAAGUCGUGUCCCUGCUGAUGUACGACGACAUUUCCAGGGCGAAAGCCGGGGCGGGGCCCGUGCCGGGGUACCCCGUUGUCUGCAUCACGGCCUGCAACCCCAGGCACUCGGGCUACGGCAAGACGGGCGCCAUCUGCGCCAGCGAGCGCAUCGACGACACGCUGAGCCGGUUCCGCUGGCUGGUCAGUGCGCCCACAGGCCCCGACGGCGUCAGCAGCCCGCUGCGGGAGGUGGACUUCGACACUUUCUUCACCUCGUCCAAGGCGAUGGCCCUGGACUCCAUCUACUUCCAGCCAGGCUCCCGGGUGCAGUGCGCGGCGCGGGCCGUCACGGCCGGAGGCAACGAGGGCCUGGAGCUCCUGAGCCCCGUGGUGACCGUCAGCAGGGAGGGAGGUCUCUGCCACCCGCGCGUGCCGGGGGCCGUGGGAGCCGAGCCGUUCUCAGCCCGGCUGCGCUACACGGGCCCCGAGGACGCGGAACAUGCCAACCUGGUCAAGCUGACCGUCGCGAUGCCGCACAUCGACGGGAUGCUCCCCGUGGUCUCCACGCGCGAGCUCUCCAACUUCGAGCUGACCCUCAGCCCGGACGGCACCCGAGUCGGCCACCACAGGUGCUCCAACCUGCUGGAUUACACCGAGGUGCCGACUCGCCACGGCUUCCUGACCAACGCCACCGGGAGCCCCGGGACGGCUGGAGAGACGCACCCGCACCAGCACAGCUCUGUCCGGGGCGCCAGUGCCCUGCGCUUCUACCGCAACCUGCACCUCGAGGCCUGCCUGUGGGAGUUCGUCAGCUACUACGACAUGUCCGAGCUCCUCGCCGACUGCGGUGGCACCAUCAGGACAGAUGGACAGGUCCUAAACCUGGUGCAGUCCUACGUGACUCUCCGCCUCCCCCUCUUCGUGUCCUACGUGUUCCACUCCCCCGUGGGGGCGGGAGGGUGGCAGCACUUCGACCUGAAGUCCGAGCUCCGGCUGACGUUCGUGUACGACACGGCCGUCCUGUGGCACGAGGGGGUCGGCAGCCCCCCGGGAGCUGAACUCCAAGGUUCUCUGCACCCGACCAGCAUGCGCAUCAGCGACGAAGGCCGCCUCGUCGUGAACUUCAAGACCCAGGCGCGGUUCCACGGCGUGUUUGUGCUCUCCCACCCCGCGUCCCCCAGGAGCUCGGCGGUCGUGUCGGCCGAUCACCCGGACCUGACCUUCUCCCUGCGCCUCCUGCGGAGCGAGCCCACCUACAGCCAGCCGGAGCAGCAGUGGAGCUUCGUGUCCGACUUCGCGGUGCGAGACUACUCAGGGUCCUACCUCAUAAAGCUGCUGCCGUGCACCGUCCCCUCGAGUCAGGGGUACCGCCUGCCCGUCAGCUGCAGCCCCAGGGAGCCCCUCACCUUCGACCUGGACAUCCGCUUCCAGCAGGUCAGUGAUCCAGUAGCCACUGAGUUUAGCCUCAAUACCCAGAUGUACCUGCUGUCCAAGAAGAGCCUGUGGCUGUCCGAUGGAUCCAUGGGAUUUGGGCAGGAGAGCGACGCUGCUUUUGCGGAAGGGGACGUCAUCUACGGCCGCGUCAUGGUGGACCCCGUGCAGAGCCUCGGCGAUGCCUUUCUCUGCAGCAUCGAGAAGGUGUUCCUGUGCACGGGGGCCGACGGCUACGUCCCCAAGUACAGGCCGGAGGGGGCCGAGUACGGCUGCCUGGCUGACUCCCCUACGCUCUUGCACAGAUUCAAAAUCGUGGACAAAGCUCAGCCGGAGACACAGGCCACCAGCUUUGGGAACAUCCUGUUCAACGCCCAGCUGGCCGUGGACGACCCCGAGGCCGUUCUCCUCGUGAACCAGCCGGGGUCCGACGGGUUCAGGGUUGACUCGGCACCGCUGUUCCAGGUGUCCCUCGGCCGAGAGUGGUACAUACACACGAUCUACACGGUGAGAGCCAAGGACGGUGCCAGCCGCAGCCUCGGCAAACGGAGCCUGGGGUCCCGGCUCCACUCCGUGGUGGGCCCCGGGAGCCGGCAGAAAAGGGGGGCCGGGGUCGCACCCCCACUGGCCUGGGGAAUCGGCGCGGAGCACAGCCGAGGCACUAACAUCCGGCACGUGGCCCUGGCUCACCCCGGUGGGAAGCCGGACCCCCAAGGCGGAGAACCCCUGGACGGUGCCCGGCCCCACGAGCCUGGCGGCCCCCGCUCGGAGGCCGGCCUGGUGGCUGUCGUCGCCGGCGUGGCGGGCAGCGUCCUGGCUGUCUGCGUCACCGUCCUUGCCAUGACGCUGUGCAAGAGCCGCGGGCCGUCUGGAAGGAAGGGCCCCGUGGGGGACGCGGGCAGCAGCGAGCCCAUGAUGGCCCCCACCGGCCACGGCUGCGACAGCUCCGAGGUUUGAUGCCUGCGGGAUGCGGCGCUGUCCUCAGGGCUCAGAACAGACCCCACAGGCCCCGAGUGCUUCAGCUAAACGGCACGUGCCCGGGGACAGCCGCGGAGGCACCCCUCGAGUCCCGGCUGCACUGACGGACUUGGAUUUUGAGUUCCGGCCGCUCUUUCAUGCACCAAAGGACAAAUUCUGGCCCGAAGGCAGCAAUGAUGUGUUCACAUUGCACAGAGCCACGAAGAUCAAGACAUCUUCUCAUCGCCAGCGUUUUCUCCACGGUGGAAAUGAGCCGCCCCAGGUGCUAACAGACGCUCUUGCUGUAUUGGCGUGAGCUAUGAAGGUGCAAUUAUGACAUUGUUUAUUCAUUUUCUAAUGGUUUAUUACUAGAAACGUAGGCUAGCAGAACGAUCAGCGCGUUGCUCACUGUGACAGGUUUCUAAGAGAUGAAACGGCGUGGAACCACGACCAGGGGACGUUCACCCACAAGCCCCCUUGUCCACCAGCUGGAGAGACGGGAAGGCAGCUCCCGAACCAGCGUUGGAUUUGUUCCAGUCCCUCCUUGUGUUAUCUGCUUAUUUAAUUUUAUAUUAAACCAAAGAAUGCGUUGGGUCUGGGAGAGACUUGCAGAGAGGCUGCUGUCUCGGCACGUGGCGAGUGACGGUGCAGUCACUCCUGGGACCCUCCUCACUGCUGUGCGACCUCCGUGGGAGACGACAGUUCACUGUCAAAGCUGGGGUCACCGUUACAAGACAGGGCCUCCUAAGGACAGUGCCUGGAAGACGUGUGCAGUGCUGAGCCCAUAAGUGAUGAGAAGAAACACCACCGCAGACGACGAGGGCAGAAGGUGACCUUUAUUAGCGUAAAACCCCAUGCCCGAGUGCCUCUUCUACACACUUUACAGAAUGAAGGGAGGCCGUGGGGGGCAGCCUGCAGGGGAGUGUGCCCGCGCAGCCGUGUCCAGGGCCCAGAGCCGUCGGGCGCCUCAGUGCCAAUCAGCGUCUGGCCAAACCACCGAGUCUCCGCAGCGUCGUUCCAGAGACAGCCUCGGGCCGGCACCCUUGGCCUCGUUCUCCCUGAUCUGGGAAGGACGCAUCAUCCUCUGCAUCCCCAGCUCAGUCCCUUUUAUUACCUGAAAUGCAGCCCGUGCCCCUGCUUACCAUUCACCCCACAAAGCCAAGGAGAGCGAGGGGCUCGCUCGGCAACCCCCUGCCCUUCCGCAGAAGGGUGCUUUCCACCCCGGCAGACACCCAAGAUAGAAAGGGAAAUUUCAGGACUGGAUGACCAGUCUUCCAAGAGCUGGUAAAUGUAUCUUGAGGAAGAUCAGGCCAGGAGAGAAAGAACGAUGCCCAAGGAUGAGCCUCCCGGGCUGCCCGGGCCUUCACGUCCAGCCAUAACCAGCCAAGCUGGGCGUCCCGGUGGAACGGAGACUUUCAGAAGCAAAAUUUCUCAGGUCACACAUACACAUCUCACCUGGUGUUUAUAAGUUCCAGCCCUCUCUUGGUUGAGGAAAGGAAGUGACACUGCUCUGGGAGAGAGGCGAAAGGAGUCCAGACUUCCCUGUUUUCACCUUCAAAGUCUUCCAGAGGGUAGAGCUGACGGAAGUGCCCUUCCCCUGGGGAAUUUCCAAAGAUCACCUGCAUCUCAAAGGGCCCUCACAGGACCUACAGGAAGAGAGUACAGCCCUGGAGUUCAUUUAGCAAAAUAAAUUGUGAUGGUUUCUUAAUUAUUCCCCUUUCUUUUGCUUUAUCUUGGGGCAGUUGCUUGGCUGCGUCUUGGGCUGCCUCGUAGUUUGUGUGGGAUGAGCCUGGGCUAAGUGGCUUCAAAUAGCACACGGGCUUCUUACCGCUCGGCGCUGAGGUCCGUGUAUGUCACGUGUUGGAGACACGCAGAGCCCAGAGCUGGGGGUUCUAGGGGUGCCUGUCUGCACGGGUUUGCCAGAGAAAUUGCGGGGCCACCGUAGUCAGUGCUGAGCCUU